GCAGUGAUCUAUAAUAUUAUUUAAAUCAACAUAGAUAUUCUAAUCUAACUAAGCACCUUCUUCCCUUUCACCCAAUACCUUUCUGCUUAUAAAACUUUCUCUUGCAUCUUACAACUCACAAAAUGGAAACUCUUCUUCCUGCACCAUCAAUCACCCUCACUCAUCUUUAAUCAAUAUUAACCAACUAGGGACAUAAAUUAACUAAGGUGAAAAUUAAGAAUGGGAAGAGGGAAGAUUGUGAUUCGAAGGAUCGACAACUGUACAAGCAGGCAAGUGACUUUCUCAAAGAGGAGAAAGGGAUUGAUCAAGAAAGCCAAAGAAUUAGCAAUCCUAUGUGAUGCACAAGUUGGACUUGUUAUAUUUUCCAGCACGGGAAAGCUGUAUGAAUAUGCAAACACCAGCAUGAAAUCAGUGAUUGAGAGAUAUAACAUUUGCAAGGAAGACCAACAAGUGACAAAUCCAGAAUCAGAAGUCAAGUUUUGGCAAAGGGAGGCAGACAUUUUAAGGCAGCAACUACAAAGUCUACAAGAAAACCAUAGGCAAUUGAUGGGAGAACAGCUUUAUGGUUUGAGUAUCAGAAACCUACAAGACCUAGAGAGUCAGCUGGAACUUAGCCUACAAGGAGUUCGCAUGAAAAAGGAGAAAAUUCUGACAGAUGAAAUCCAAGAGCUGAACCGAAAGGGAAGCAUAAUCCAUCAAGAAAAUGUAGAGCUCUAUAAGAAGGUAAACCUCCUUCAACAAGAAAACACACAACUACACAAAAAGGUGUAUGGCACGACAGAUAAUGAGGCAACCGCAACAAGCAAAAACGCGUUUGUUCAAUUUCCAUAUAGUGUUCGUGGAGGCGGAGAAUAUCCACAAACAUUAUUUCAACUUCAGUUAUGCCAGCCUGAGCAAGAAUACUGCGAGACCUCAGGCAGUGCAAGUGCAACAAAAUGAAAGUGUCAAGAUUAAAAGUCUUAUGAGAUUUUAUUAAUACAUUUGGAAAAGAAUGAUACAAUUAUCAUUUCUCUGUUAUAUGUUAUAUUAUGAUAUGCAACAAAAUAAUCACAUCUAGUGAAGUGAAAAUAGUUUCUUGUUGAUUAAUGCAAUUCACUCCACUUCUCAGAGAAUCCACACUUUCUGAAAUUGGAUGAGUUUGAUUAUGAUAGAAGUUAUCAAUUUCAUGUAAAGUUACAUCAGUUUAAUUUUGAUAUGUCGGUGUAAAACUUGUUUACACUAUCUAGCGA